CUGGAAUCUGUCCCCUCGCUCUGGAUCCAUGUCCUGUUGCAGAGACGUCGCAAGCCACCAACUCUUUAUCGGACCGUAGAGGCGACAUGGAACAUAUCUGGCAAUGGUCACUUGACGACUUUAGGAUCUGUUAUAAGGACAACCAGAAUGUCAUACUCUGUAGUUAUUUCUCACUCUCUGACCGAUCAUGUCUGCGCAAGCCACCGUUUCAACCACUACUCGCCCUCUCUCCGAAGUCCCCUCAAUCCAUGCACAACUCUUCGAAGCUAAGGCGAGGAAAGGUCUUUCUUUCGACGCCAUUGCAAAAGAGCUAGGUCGAGACGAAGUCUGGGUAGCAUCGGCUUUCUACGGACAAGCUAAAUUCACCGCCGAGGAACUCGAAAAACUCUCCACAUUUCUUGAGGUUGCUCAUGCCGAUUUGCAAGCUGGUUUGGGGGAGCAUUGGUGGCCACACCGUGGCCUUGGUCCCACUCCGCCUUCUGACCCUGUGAUCUAUCGGUUGUAUGAGGGUGUGAUAGUUUACGGGACUCCCAUCAAGGUCAGAUUUCCGUUCCUUUCUCGAAGACAAUUUACCUGAUUGGACCCGACGUGUGGCUCAUAGGCAGUACUUCAUGAGAAGGUGAAUUUCACGACCGCAUGGAGAUUACUCCAACGAGAAUUUUUCUUCUUGCUAAUAUUCCAAUAGUUUGGUGAUGGAAUCAUGUCGAUGAUCGAUUGUAGGAUUCACAUCGAGAGGAAGGCCGAUCCUAAGGGAGAUCGUGCUCUUUUGACCUUCGAUGCUAAAUUCCUACCUUAUGCCACCUGGUAAAGCGGGGCCCGC